ACCAGACUUUGGUAUAAAAGCAGGCCCCUCGGCACAUGAAACUCACACUCUCUCAGGAGAAGCGCCAGUCUUUUUCAGCUCCUUAGCUAAAACGAAAUUCUACGUUGGAUCAAUCGAAGACAGUGGGUAGAAGAUGUCGUCUUCAAGGUGCUUCAUCAUUCUUUGCUCAAUGCUGUGCGUGUGGAGCAGCGUAGAGUGCUGGUCGUACUUCUACUCAAACACCACAAUGAAUUGGGAGACAGCUCGAGCCUGGUGCAAGACACAUUACACAGACAUGGUGGCGAUCCAGAACCAGGAGGAGAUCGCACACCUGAACAGUUGGCUGCCCAGAAAAAGGACCUACUACUGGAUUGGGAUCCGCAAGAUCAACAACGUUUGGACCUGGGUUGGGACAAACAAAUCUCUGACGGCUGAAGCAACCAACUGGGCAAAAGACGAACCGAAUAACGGGAAAAAGAAAGCCAUCGUGGGAAGAUCUGAGGACUGUGUGGAGAUGUACAUAAAGAGGGAGACGGAGUCAGGAAAAUGGAACGAUGAGCGCUGCAAGAAUUUAAAAACAGCUUUGUGCUUCUCAGCCGCCUGUAAGCAUGACUCCUGCCUGUUUGGAGAAUGUGUUGAAACCAUCAACAGCCACAGAUGUGAAUGUACUCCAGGAUUUUAUGGAGACAGGUGUGAGCAUGUUGUUAAAUGCAACAAAGAUGAGGUGACCACGCCUCAUGAAGGAGGAGUGAAUUGCACUCACGUGCAUGGAGACUUCGCUUACAACACCUCCUGCAGGUACUCCUGUGAGGAAGGCUACCAGCUGAGCACACUAGGACCUCAGAGAUGCAGUGAGACAGGAAACUGGACUGAGACAUCCCCCACAUGUGAAUUGGUUCAGUGUCAGGAACUAUCUCCUCCGGCUAGAGGAUCCAUGGAGUGCUUUGAUCCCCUGGGAUCCUACAGCUACCGAUCCACUUGUGUCUUUACCUGCGACGAAGGUUACGAGCUGGACGGAUCCUUAUCUGGCAUUUUGCAAUGCGAGUCAUCAGGAAACUGGAAUGCGCCACAGCCGCCCUGCGUUGCUGUUCAGUGCCAUGCCAUCCAGGAUUUAGAAGCUGGUCUCGUCUCCUGUGAGGACGAAACAGAGCUGAGGUUCAGCUAUGGCCAGACGUGCAGCUUCAGCUGUGUACCUGGGUACCGUCUGGUGGGAACGAGUAUUGUCACAUGCACGUCAACAGCUGAGUGGAGUGAGCAGAUACCUCACUGUGAGGCCAUUGCAUGUCAGAGUCCUGAAGCAGGAGCACAUGUGAUCCAUCAGUGCAGCGAAUCAGAACUGAGACCAAACUCCACCUGCAGCUUCUCCUGUGAACAAGGCUUUGAACUACAAGGAGCAAAAACCAUCAAAUGCUCUGAUGAUGGACAGUGGAAUGAGGAAAUCCCUGCCUGUAAAGCCGUCCAGUGUGCUGCCCUCCAGGAACCUGAACACGGAAAUCUCAGCUGUGAAGAUGAUACAGAAAUGAGGUUCAGUUACAAACAAGUCUGCAGCUUCAGCUGUGCGUCGGGUUAUCGUCUGGUGGGGUCGAAGAAGGUCACGUGCACAUCAGCAGCUGUAUGGAGUGAGAAAAGGCCUCACUGUGAAGCCAUCCUUUGCAAGAACCCAGAAGGAGAACCUCCCAUCAUUACUGCGUGCAGCAGACCUUUGACCGAACUGGGACCAGACUCCGUCUGCAGCUUCAGCUGUGAACCAGGCUUUGAACUGCAGGGAGCAAACACCAUCAAAUGCUCUGAGCACGGACAAUGGAGUCGAGCCAAACCCACCUGCAAAGCUGUGAGCUGCUUGCUCCUUGAGGCUCCAGAACAUGGACAUGUCAACUGUUCAAACGAUGAGCCGCUUUUCAACUCACAGUGCUUCUUCACCUGUGAUCAAGAUUACUCCUUAGAAGGACAUGAGCUGCUGAUCUGUAAUCGUCAUGGCAACUGGACUGGAAAGAAACCCACCUGUCAAGCCCCUUCAUCCCGUGCAGCUGUCGUUUCCACUAGUGUGGCAGCAGGUGGCGCUGCUCUGGCCUCUGGGCUCUCUCUGGCUGUGUGGAUCUUGAGGCGACUGAGGCAGAAAGCAUCCAAGUUUGAGCUCAAUAGCAACUCUGACAUAGAGGAGCCCCCACAGGUCUACAGAAACAGCAUCGACAGCCUCAUUUAGAGCACAGCUGGAGUCUGAGACGGCUGUUUGUGUUUGGCUGUUGUGAUGUAAGACGAACAUCUGUAUUAUUCUCCCAGUGGGAGUUUUCUGUUGAACACAUUGUUCUGCAACUUUCUGAACAAGCUGGAAAGGUGGAAAUAUCGACUGUGAAUAUUUUAUUAUUUUAAAAACCGUAUUUAUGUACUAUUUAUUUGCGAUUCUGGGCAUUUUUUUUAAAUCUGUGUAUCUCUGGACUUUUACACUAAUAAAUGCUGAAAAAACAGGA